AUGGAGGUGGACUUGAAGAAGAGAAAGAAGUGGCAGUCGAAGCUCCAACAUAUCAUGAGACAUGUUAUACGCCGAAGCUUAGCUAUUGUUAGCAGAGUUUUGAGUUUUCUUAAGGAACAAGUAAUAAGUGGCAAGAAAAACCCUAGUCGUAGUGAAACCGCGCUUUCUGUUGAGAUACCGGAUGAUAUAGCAGAAGAGAUUCUUCACCGCGUUCGGGCAAACGAUCUUGUAAGAUUGAAAACGGUAUCGAAGCAUUGGAAAGCUUUGAUCGAAUCAGGCUAUCUAGUAGAGAAACACCUCCGCCGCCGUCAGAAAAUUCAUGGAGUCGAAGAGUGUAAAAUCACCUUAGAUGUGUUGACCUUCCACGUCACGCUUAUAUCAAAAUACAGUAGACUGAGAAGAGACAAAGGAGAAUCAAGAGCUCCUCGAGUUUCUGGAUCGUGUAAUGGUUUGGUCUGUGUCUACGAUUUGGUCGACGUUUAUAUAGCCAACCCUUCGACAGGUGUGAGCCGGAAACUUUCUCGUCUUCAAGGUAUUACCAAGCUUUCAGCAGGAUUCGGGAGAGACGUUGUGACAGGAGCAUACAAAGUGGUGGUUUUGAAUAGCUUCGGUGAUGAUAACAGAGUUGAGUGCGUUGUUUUUGAUCUUAGCGCUAGCGACUGGAGGUGGAGAUACAAAACAGCUGGUCCGAUGCCUCCUUCUUUCACUCUGAUUAGCCCUGAAAGAAACCCCGUCUCUGUAAACGGCUCAGUCUUCUGGUUGUUGACAUGUGACCAUGGCCAUCCCGAGAUACUUGUCAUGGAUCUUCACACUGAAGAGUUCCGUACUGUGUCAUUGUCACUACCCAAGGACGACAAUCAUGUGUUUGUGUCCCCCCCCUCGGGUUCCGUUUACAUGUGGAGUCUCAUGGGCCGUCUCUGUGUGUCUGACUUAGGACAAGGUUUAGCUUCGGACGUGUGGAGUUUUGUGCAGGACGAGCUUGGUGAGAGGUGGGAGAUCACUAAAUUUGCUCCCGGGACUGUCAUUCCUCCUUUAAAUUUGAGUUCCGCUUGGUUUUCACCAACCUUGGUUUCUCCUUACCAGUAG